UGUCUCCUGCCUGGGCACCGCCGACAGCCGUCGUCCGUCCGACCUGAGCGGGAGCAGCGCUAGUGAGGAGCCCGGGGCUUUCCCGCCUGGAACUGAGGUUUGAAGGAAAAAACAACAGAAUGGAAUGGUGUCUAUAGGCCAUCCACAAACAGAAUACCUGCUGGUUCGUUUUUAAAACAGAGAAAAAAAGUGCUGCAUGUCCAUCAAUCAAUGUAAAUGGCAUUAACAAAGGAUUCAUUUGAACAAAUUAAGUGGCUUAUCAGAACUGCCUGGUGGCUGCUGAUCGUUUUUGCAGCACAAGAAAUUGAUGGGGGAGGAUAUGCAUAUAUUGAGCCAUGUGGGGGACAGGAUUGUUCAGUCUGUCGGUGCUUUCCAGAGAAAGGAUCAAGAGGUCAACCUGGUGAGCUGGGAGCUCAAGGUCCAAUUGGAACCUUGGGAUCUACAGGACCAGCUGGUCUGCCAGGGGAAAAAGGACAGAGAGGUGAGAAUGGGCAGCCUGGGCCAGCUGGACAAAAAGGUGAUAAGGGCCCAACUGGAGUCCCAGGAUUUCCAGGUUUAGAUGGUGUUCCUGGACUACCAGGAAGUGAAGGACCCAGGGGCAAGCACGGUGUAGAUGGCUGCAAUGGCUCAAGAGGAGAUCCAGGAUUUCCAGGCGAAAAUGGAUAUAUUGGACCAAGAGGUCCUUACGGAAACCCAGGGCAAAAAGGAGAAAAAGGAAAUUCAGUGUAUGUUUCGUAUUUUGGAAAAGGACCUCCAGGAGACAGAGGUGAUCCUGGCCCCCCUGGUAUGCCCGGACCUAGAGGAUCGACUGGUACAACAGGCCCACCUGGAUAUCCAGGCCAACCAGGCAUGCCCGGUAUUCCAGGUUACCCUGGUUUGCCAGGUGAACAGGGAAAUCCAGGCAUUGGAGUGGAUGGACAAAAGGGGGAACCGGGUGAUGUUGGACUUCCUGGGCCACCUGGGUCACCACUGUUAGUUGGACCUCCUGGAGCUCAGCUGUUCAAAGGAGAAAAGGGCCAAAAAGGAGUGCCUGGGAUAACAGGAUACAGAGGACCGCAUGGACCUAAAGGAAUACCUGGGAAAGGAGAAAAGGGUGAAAAAGGCAUUCCUGGAUUCCCUGGAUUGCGGGGUAGCCCUGGUUCUCAUGGACCUACAGGCUUUCCUGGAAUAAAGGGAGAAAUGGGUGUUGCUGGUUUUCCUGGGAAACCUGGCUAUCCCGGCAUCAAGGGAGAUCCUGGAGAAAAAGGGCCCCCAGGUCCUCCUGGAGCUAUUGGAACUCCACUGCGUACUGUGAAAGGCCCACCAGGAGAUCCUGGAUUUCCAGGUCCUGCAGGUGACAUGGGGUCAGUUGGACCUUCUGGCCCUGCGGGUCUGCUAGGAAGACCAGGAGAUGAUGGAACAAGUCUGCCUGGCCUGCCAGGAAUAAGUGGGGUACCAGGACCUCAAGGUUUUCAAGGUGACCCUGGUUUGCCUGGAACAGGUGAAGCAAUUCCAGGAAGACCUGGAUUUCCUGGGCCACCUGGACUACCAGGACAGCCAGGAAGACAAGGCUUACCUGGACUACCUAGUGUAAUUUGUACUGAGAGAGGGAUUCCUGGAGAACCUGGAGCAAAAGGUCAGAUAGGCCUUCCGGGUAGAAAAGGUGAAAAAGGAGAAAAAGGAAAUCAAGGUCUCUGCUCAUGUAGUGCUGGUCCUCCUGGUCCCCGUGGUAUACAAGGACCUCCAGGUACUCAAGGGAAGAAAGGACAAAUGGGUUACCCUGGAAGACAUGGAGAAAAGGGUGAUUCAGGCUUAUCUGGUGCAGUGGGAUCACCAGGGCUCCCUGGGACACCUGGUUCUGGAGGACAACAUGGUGAAAAAGGAGAGAAGGGUGACCAAGGAAGAGUUUCAAUAAAAGGAAUAAAAGGUGAAAGAGGUCCUCCUGGGGUUCCAGGAUUUCCAGGCCAAAAAGGUAAUGAUGGCAGAGAUGGUGAUUUAGGAUUGCCUGGGGAAAAAGGAGCUGAGGGCGAUUCUGGAGUACCAAUACCAGGUGAUAAAGGAUUUCCUGGAGUUCCAGGACUCCCUGGAAUAAAAGGACCAAUGGGAUUGCCUGGUUUGGGGUUUCCUGGCCCUCCAGGAGUCAGAGGUACCCCUGGAGACUUCGGUGAUGAUGGUAACAUUGGGCUGCCUGGUCCAAAGGGUCAGAAAGGUGACUCUGUCUGUAUUACAUCACCAUACCCUGGAAACCCAGGUCCCCCAGGUUUUAAAGGUGUUCAAGGGCCAAAGGGUUUAAAAGGACUACCUGGUCUUCCUGGACGAAGUGGCUUUGAUGGGCCAAAAGGCCAGCAAGGCAGGCCAGGAGCAGGAAUCCCUGGACCAGAAGGCUUCCGAGGCACAGCUGGUGAUCCUGGUGAAGAAGGUGAAAGAGGAUCUACCAUUGAUGGUAAAAAUGGCGCUCCAGGUCCACCUGGGAUAGAUGGCCAGAAGGGUGUUCAAGGUGAUACUACAUAUGGCCCUCCAGGAAUCCCAGGCAACAGGGGACUGCCAGGACCAGCUGGUGCACAAGGAGCAAGGGGUGAUCCAGGCAUUCCUGGGUUUCAAGGGUACCCUGGGACCCCAGGAUUUCCAGGUGCGAAAGGUUUUAGAGGCCCAGAAGGUGAUACAGGAGCACCAGGCUGUCCAGGCACCCCUGGUCCACCAUGUGACACAAGAUUACCAGGGCCACCAGGACUCAGAGGUGUCAUAGGCCUGCCAGGUUCUCAAGGCUUACCAGGCUUUAAAGGUCAGAAGGGAGACAGGGGCCUAGCUGGGCCACCUGGAAUCAAAGGUCUCAAGGGCUCUCCUGGCUCACAGGGCCCCCCGGGUCCUCCAGGGUCCCGAGGACUUCCAGGACUUCCAGGCAACAGAGGACAACCUGGCUUCCCUGGUCAAACAGGAAGCAAAGGGAUUCAAGGACCACAAGGAUUUCCUGGACUCCCAGGAACACAAGGCCCAGUGGGAAACUCUGGUGUAAAAGGAGAAGAAGGAAACAUGGGUCCACCUGGGCCUAGUGGAGAAUGUGGUGAUAUGGGAAUGAAAGGUGAAAGAGGGCUUCCAGGAGAUGAUGGCAGCAUUAACAUUCGGCUUGAGAAAGGACAAAAGGGGGAGCCAGGGUUUCCUGGUGAGAAUGGAUUUAGAGGUGAAAUAGGUGAAAAAGGAAAUACAGGUUUCAGAGGUGCCCCAGGAUUUCCAGGGAACAACGGUGCCCCAGGACUUCCAGGUGACCAUGGUGACAUUGGUCUGAUGGGAUUUCCAGGAUCACGUGGUUUCCCAGGACCAAAGGGCUCUAAAGGAGUUACAGGUUUCAAAGGACUACCAGGUGACCAGGGUGAUGUUGGCUUACCAGGAAUGCCUGGAAACCCAGGACUGCCAGGCCCCAAAGGACCUAAAGGAAAGAGAGGUGAUCCAACUCUCCUGCUUGGUACACAAGGUCGAAAAGGGUCUCCUGGAGAUCUAGGAUUACCAGGAUUCUGUGGAUUCCCAGGUGAAAAAGGCUCACCAGGUAUCCCAGGACAACCUGGAAUCCCUGGAUCCAAGGGCGAGCCAGGAUACCCAGGAAUACCUGGAUUUCCAGGAGCUGCAGGUCCUCUGGGAUUGCCAGGAGAACCUGGAGAAAAAGGGAAACAUGGAAUUAUGGGACCUCCAGGGCUGCAAGGAUUAACUGGAUCACAAGGCAGAAAAGGUCUUCCUGGACAGCCUGGACUGGAUGGCUUGGAUGGACUAAAAGGUCAAAAAGGUUCUGCAGGAUCUCCAGGUCAAAGUGAAACAGGGAGCCCAGGAUACUCAGGGGAGCCUGGACCGAAAGGAGAGAGAGGUGAACCUGGAUGGCCUGGUAUUUCCAUUCCAGGCACCCCUGGAGAAAGGGGAUUCCCAGGAUUCCCAGGUAGAAGAGGACCUGUUGGACCCAUUGGACCUAGGGGACCAUCUCCCAGUAGCGCUCCUCCUGGACUUCCAGGUGAUCAAGGACCACCUGGUUUAGAUGGCAUCAGAGGUCAGCCUGGGAAUCCUGGUCCUCCUGGAGAGACUGUCUUUGUGCGAGGAGAUCCAGGUGACAUUGGUAUUCAAGGGGCACCAGGCAUUCCUGGGCACCGAGGGCUACAAGGAGCCAGAGGUCUUCCAGGAAAUCAAGGAAGAGAAGGUCCAAAGGGUCCAAUGGGAAUCCAUGGCUCACAGGGUCCACCUGGUGCUGUAGGACAACCAGGAGACCAAGGUCCUCCAGGAAAACCGGGUCCUAGAGGUCCUACAGGGUUCAUAGGUGAUCCUGGUGAACCAGGAAAAACAGAUGACUCGUGUCCUACAAUCCCAGGGCCUCCUGGGGAAGCAGGGCAUAGAGGAGAUGAUGGUUCUAUAGGAUUACCAGGGCCAAUAGGUCACCCUGGGCCCCAAGGAAGGAAAGGUGAAGAAGGGUCAUGCGGCCUGCCAGGUCAGGAUGGCUUACCGGGAGCACCAGGACCACCAGGCGACCAAGGGCAUGUGGGAGAGCAAGGAUACACUGGACCACAAGGUCCACCUGGCCAGACUGGAAUCCCAGGACCACCAGGGCCCCAUAUUAGAUCUUCAAGUGGAUUCUUGCUUGUCCUUCAUAGCCAGUCAGACAGAGAACCACUUUGUCCACAGGGGAUGCCAAAAUUAUGGACCGGCUAUAGCCUGCUGUACCUGGAAGGACAAGAGAAAGCUCAUAAUCAAGAUCUUGGUCUGGCUGGCUCUUGUCUUCCUGUAUUUAAUACCAUGCCCUUUGCUUACUGUAACAUCAACCAAGUUUGUUACUAUGCCAGCCGAAAUGAUAAGUCCUACUGGUUGUCAAGUGCCGCUCCUUUACCUAUGACACCUCUCUCUGAAGAAGAAAUACAACCAUAUAUAAGCAGAUGUGCUGUAUGUGAGGCCCCAGCCCAAGCAGUAGCAGUUCACAGCCAAGAUCAGUCAAUUCCUCCCUGCCCAAUGAACUGGAGAAGUCUUUGGAUAGGAUACUCUUUUCUGAUGCACACUGGAUCUGGUGAUCAGGGAGGUGGGCAGUCCCUUAUGUCACCAGGAAGCUGCUUAGAAGACUUCAGAUCAGCACCGUUCAUUGAAUGCCAGGGUCAGCGUGGAACUUGUCAGUUUUUUGCCAACGAAUACAGCUUCUGGCUAACAACAGUGAUGCCUGACUUGCAGUUUGCAUCAGCCCCCUUGUCAGGAACUAUUAAAGAAGGACAGGAGCAGAGGAAAAAAAUCAGUAGAUGUCAGGUAUGCCUGAAGCACGAUUAACAAGUGAAAUGAAUUAAUAGCUAGAGCGAGACAAAAAACAUGCUAAUGACUUAAACAGUAUUUAAUAUGUAAAUAUAUUUUGAAGUGUAUAACUCUUUUUGCUGGAAUGGAUAUAUCAGGUAGAAAUUUCAUCCAGCCGUGAACACAUAUCUACAGGUAAUAAAACGCAGUGUAAACUACUAGAGUCCACUACCAUAAUGCACAGUUAACAACUUGAACUUGCAGGGUUAAAUUUAGUCUGAAAUACCAAGAACACAAUACAUGAUUAUACAGGCCAGUGGAUUUCCUGUUAAAAGUGGCAUUCAGAACAGAAUAUGACAUAUUAUAAAGAACUGUCUCUUAAAUGUAUAUAGGUACAGAUAUGCAAACACCCAAAUGUCCUAGAGUCCCAAGCCAAAAGAAACUUUCCUGUGCUGUUUUCUGAGGGAAAGGGAAAACAUAACUGCUAAAAACACAUGAUUACACAUAAUAAAAGCAACAAAGAUCAAAGUCUUUUACUGCUGCUGUACCUAACAAAACUGUGAAAGAACUUAAUUGAGAUUUCAUAAGUAAGAAUAAGUUGCAAAUCCAUUUGACAGAUUAUGUAAGAAAAUAAAAUUAGAUGAGAUAAUGAAGCCUUAAAAAGCUGUAUUUAUAUUAGUGAUGAAUUUCAAGAGAAGAGGUAAGUAAAAUUAUUGAGCUCGAAUCCAAGUAGCAGGAGAAAACAAAGCAAUUUUUAAUAGUAACUGAAAGGAAGUUGUAGCAUGCUGAUGAACUUCUAAGUGAGGAAUAUAAGAAGCAUUUGUGAAAUGUUAUUAACCAUUGUCGGGGUUAUUACUGUUUUUGGAAUCACACCACAGGAAGAUUCAUCACCUUUCAGAGUAUUGUAGAACAGCUCUAUCGAGAUACACUUUUUAUUACUGAAAGCAUCGAAUAUGAAAAAUGUUAUAAGCUUAAGCGCUGAUCACUUUCUGGGGGAAAAAAAGCAUCUAUUCCUUUUUCAUUCAGCUAUAAAACCAGAAAAACGCAUGUUUAAAAUCUGAUGAAACUACUGAAAAGCCACUGAUGGCAUAUGGAGAACUCCUCUUGUCCAGAAGGACCACUAAUGCUCCUUUUACCACUUACUAGGGAGGAAUAAAACAUUUUUCCAGCUCUUAA